UAAUUGGAUAGUUGGCGAAUGAAUCCGCAUGAUAGUUUACAUUGGUGAUGAUAAAAUCCAGGAAUGUUUGAGAAAAUAUGAAAAAAUAAGGGUAAUUAAAGGAUAAAGUAAAGUAGCAUGGAGCCAACAGUAGAGUUUCCUGAUACUGAACUGUCAGCUUCUCCAACACUUGGUGUCGUCUUCCGACUUCCGACACAGGAUGCCGUAGAGGAAAGUUCAGAACAAGAUGAUUACGAAGACAGGCGAGGAACACAUAUCCGACCUUAUUCUGCAAAAGGUCCAAGCCUAGACUUGCCAUCUAGAGUCCUGCCCUCCAAACCAAGAGGUAUUAGGCCCUGGUCAGCCCAGCCCAAGGCUUUAAAAGCACCACUGCCAAACCAGAGAAAAGUGUCAAGACAGACCCUCAGGAAACCUCAUCUCAGGCCUCCAGCCAGAUCACCAACAACCAGUGUAUCUUCCGAGGGAAGUUCCCUUAUAACUGCCGUGGGUCUAGCCAACAAGAAGGGCUUCGAUACAAGUACCCCGGAUAGUGGAAGGUCGUUAGAUCGUCAUGCAAAGUGCUUCUCUCCAGAAUCGAGACAUUCAGCGGACAAGUGGGCUGUUACAAUCGCUGAGGCCAUUACAGAAAUCAGUGAACAAGAGCCUGUGGAAAAACCAGAGCCACCAAAACGUACGCUGAAAAAACAUCCUUCGUUUGACACAUGGGUUGAAGGAUCCCCACAGGACUCGGAUGAAUACGACACUGAUAUUGAUAUAGAGGAUUAUGUUAAAAGCCUGAAGGAAGUUUAUGAGAAGGAGAAAAGAGUACGGCAGUGGAGGAAGAGAACACGGCUCACAAAGAAGGGAAACAUCAAAGAGGGGAGACCACUUGAUCCUACAGGCACUGUCAUGUAUAUGGACCAAUGUGAAGUACAAGGGUUAAUUCCUGUAUCAUACAUACAGCGCCAUCUGGGAGACAAGAACCUACGAAUGAGACAUCAUUACCUUGGUGGAACUGGUACAAAACCCGUUGCUGUUGCAUUGUUGAAAAACACUGUGACGGAGUAUAUAGACAUUAGUGACAACUAUGUUGAGGCAGAGGGGGCCAGAUAUAUAGGCGGAAUGUUGAGAAACAAUACAUUUAUCACAAAUCUGAAUAUAUCAAACAAUUUUAUAGGCAGAGAUGGAUUUUCAGCCAUAUGCAGGAUGCUUGAAUCAAACACAACCCUAAAAACACUCUGUGUGUCAGGUAAUCAGCUGACAGAUUCUUGUGCCCAGUGUUUGAUAGAAGGCUUGAAGAAUAACACAUCACUCACAUCUCUAGAUCUCAGUGGAAAUGCCUUCGGUGAACAAGGAGGGGUUUAUAUAGGUGGAGCACUGUCUGUGAAUGAAGGUUUGAUAGAUAUAGACUGUAGCUGGAACUCAUUCAGGAAUCGUGGAGGUGCAGCAUUACUGGCCUGUCUCACUAAAAACAGAACACUUGAAGUUUUGGAUCUGUCGUGGAAUGGUCUAGGUUCAGCAGGAGCUGAUGCACUGAAAACUGCGCUAAAACUUAACACCACUCUAAAGGUGCUUGAUCUCACAAAUAACCGUUUGAAUGCCAAAGCAGCAGAAUCUAUAGGUUGGGGGUUGAGCAGAAACACUGGCUUAGAGACUAUUGUGCUGAAUUUAAAUCCAUUGAAAGAUGCUGGUGUGGAGGCUAUGCUAAAAGCUUCAGAGAAACAUCCCAACCUACAUCUACUAUCUAUAGAGGAGAUAGGCAUAUCGAGGGAGAAUUAUCGUAAGAUACAAGAGUUGCAGACACAAAAUGACCUGACAAUUCUACAUGGAGGUGUUGGUGGAUAUCAGAGAAUCUCAACUACAACAAGUAUGAUUCGCUUGUUUAACAAAUUUGUACAGUCACACCAGGCCCAACUGAGAACAUCAUUCCAGCAAUUUGACCGAGAUAGAACAGGCAUACUUGGUACAGAUGAAAUGAAAUUGGCACUGAAAGAAGCAGGCCUUAGACUGACAAAUAAACAACUGUGUUUAGUCAUUGAAGAACUGAACUACAAAAAUUCCAGUACCAUGAAUUACAAGGAUAUAUUAUCUGGGGAAGCGUUGAAUGAGUAUUUCCAUGAACGACCCUCACGAUUAUUUGCCAUAAAGACAAGCCAACUCAACAUAAACACUGUACCAGAGAUGCUACAUAGACAACUUACAGUCACUUAGAUAUGUGAAAUACGUGUUAGACAUUUUUAACUCUUCAUGUAAUGAGCAGUGUGUGUUCAUAUUACUGACUAUGUAGUAAAAUAAGGAAACAGAAUAGGCAGCAUCAUGUGAAAAUAAGGACUGAGCCACGCCAUGGGAAAACCAACAUAGUGGCUUUGCGACCAGCAUGGAUCCAGACCAGCCUGCACAUCCGCGCAGUCUGGUCAGGGUCCAUGCUGUUCGCUAACGGCUUCUCUAAUUGCAGUAGGCUUUAAAAGCGAACAGCAUGGAUCCUGACCAGGCUGGUCUGGAUCCAUGCUGGUCGCAAAGCCAUAAUGUGGGUUUUCUCAUGGCAUGGAUCAGGUUAUGUUUGUUAGUUAUUACACAAUUUCUAGAUUUCCAUAAUGUUUUAUUAUCAAAUGAAACUUAUUACUUGCUGGUAAGAUUAGAUUAGCAGAAAAGCGGUUUGUUUGACAUCAGAUUAUAUUUUAGUAUCACAUGUAUUUCUUAUAUGAAAAAUAUAUAUUUAUUUUCAAUAAAACUUUGCAGUAUUGAUGUCGAAUAGCAUAUAUUUUGGCACCAUACUUGCGCCUGGGAAGACUGCUACCCUAUUUAAUGUAGUAUAAUAUUUAUUUAUAUAAAAGAAAUUUUAGAUUCAAAAUUAUGCAACAGAAUGGUUUUACACUCACUUGGCACACUCUAAAUUGGUUAUUAUUUAUGCAAAAUAAUCUAUUAGUCAUCUACACAGUCCUAAAUUGUUAUGAAAUGACGUAUAACCAUGCACUGUGCUUUAAUUAAGAAAUGAGCUGCGCCAUGAGAAAACCAACAUAGUGCAUUUGCAACCAGCAUGGAUCCAGACCAGCCUGCUCAUCCGCGCAGUCUGGUCAGGAUCCAUGCUGUUCACUUUCAAAGUCUAUUGCAAUUAGAGAAACCAUUACCGAACAGCAUGGAUCCUGACCAGACUGCGCGGAUGCGCAGGCUGGUCUGGAUCCAUGCUGGUCGCAAAGCCACUAUGUUGGUUUUCUCAUGGCGCAGCUCAUAUUAUUAUGAUUCUACUGUCUUAUUUGUAAACAAUCAGAUGAAAAAGUUGGGGCACUGGUUAUUGGUGCAUUAGUAAGAAAAUGUGAUGUCAACGUGAUUGUGUUUUAAACAAAUAAAAACAUGUAUCUGCCAUAUAUUUAAGAAAUAAUAUAUAGGAGAACCAUAUUUUGUGAUACCAAAACAAUAUGAUGAAGGUAUACGCUUGAAGGGUAAUUUUACCUGGGCAUAGCCUAAGGGAACUGUACAUGCGGGGUAUAUCGAAUUCAUAUUGUUGAGAUAUGUUAAAACACAGUUCUGCUAUAUAUAAUUUUGAUUCUAAUAUGUCUUUUAUGUAAUUAAAAAAAAAAAAAGAAGAUGAAAACGGUAAACACUACUUCCUGGCGCAUGUAUUUCACCAAAUGUAGUAGGAAGCGGGGAAGUCAACAUGUAAACAUGUUUUAACAAUGUUAAAUAAUGGAAAGUAACACAUACUAUGGAAUAUAAACUUAAAAGUGUGUAGAAGUCUAGUGAGUUAUUCUACUUGCCUAUCAGUUUAGAGUGUGUGAAUAAAGUGUAACACUAUUCUGUCAUAUCGUUCUGAUUCUGAAACUUCUUUUAUAUGAAAUAGUAUAUGUAUAUCAAAAUGUAGUGGUUUUCUUUAUCAUUGGCGCCAGAUAAUAUGUUUACAUGAUGUCCAUGUUUUACUAAAAAUAUGCGGCGAUUUUUCAUAUCAGAAAAUUUCUUAAAUACUGGUACUGGUAACCCUGUGAAUAGAAUAGGACUGGGACGAUUUCAAACUUUUGAAACCGGUUAAUCGUUUGUAUGAAGUCGAAUCUGUGAAACCUGUUAAUCGGCCGGCAUAUUUGAAAUGCUGUUUUCUCUUCUGAAAACCAUAGCUAUAAAAUUACUUUCAGCAGCUGACUUCAUUAGGAACCUACAGACUAUCGUUUGGAAACAGUGUGAAAAUUAAUAUGAUUGUAAUAUUUUGGUGUAUCUUAUAUAUCAUGACAAGCAAAUCUGAGGCUAUUGAUUAUCAGGUUGAUGUGUUUUAGCGGAAAUACACUUUGGGUCUAUGUGCUGGUCAAAGAAAUGUAUAAAGAUUAAGUAUUUCUGAUGUUUAUUGUUUGAGAGCGAUUAGCGGUUUAGCAAAAUUGAAACCGGUUUCACCUAGUAAUGGAAUCUGAUCCGAUUAACCAAGUAAUCGUCCCAGUCCUAGAAUAGGACACCAAUGUGUAAUAGUUGUGCAUGUGUGUCUUCCAAUAUGUAAACAAACUUGAAAUUUAAAAGGACCUUCCUGCAGAUUAAGGUUUAAAUAUUGGAAUUUUCUUUAAAAAAUGACUUGUUUGUAGAGUAUUUAGAAUCGUAAUCUGUGUUAUUUUUAUAUCUGUAGUUUAUGAGUAUGACUUACAUUGUAAAAAAGUGCUUUAUUCCUGUUAUAUCAAAUUCUUAUCAUGUGAAUAAUGCUUUUAGAGGGUUUUCCUCACACAUUUUAUGAACAGGGUAUGUAUUUAUUCUGCCAAGAUUCUGCCUGGAACUGAGUUGAUCACUAAUUUUCAACUUACAAUUACAUGUAUAAACAAAUGAAUGUAUUACUAAUUUCAAAAUUUUGUAAAUAUAGAGAUAAAUCUGUAGGCCUGACCCUGAAAUGUUUUUUCUGUCAAACUUUAGUGCUUCCAUCUUAUUUGUGUCUUAAAUUUCAAUUUUCAGGUAGCAUUUUGAGAUAGUUUAUGAACUUUCAGUAACUUCUUGCAUUUCUUAACUGCCAGUACUGUAUAUACUUCAGGAUUUUGUUACUACCAGUUUGAUAUUUUUAAUAAUUUACUUAAUAGUUUGUUUAGAUAGAAAUUCAACUUUAGUAUUUUCUUCACGCUUACUUAUCAGACUCUUUAUUAAUGCUUUUAUACAUUUGUUUUUGUCAUUUUAUGUAGGAAACUUGUCUCUUGUUGAUAUAGGAUUAAAAGUAGUUUUCCUGAAAAACUGUUUAUGCCCCCGAAGGGAGGCAUAUAGUUUUUGAACCGUCUGUCAGUCUGUCGGUCUGUCCGCAAUUUUCAUGUCCGGUCCAUAUCUUUGUCAUCGAUGGAUGGAUUUCCAAAUAACUUGGAAUGAAUGUGUACCACAGUAAGACGACAUGUCGCGCGCAAGACCCAGGUCUGUAGCUCAAAGGUCAAGGUCACACUUAGACAUUAAAGGAUAGUGCAUUGAUGGGCGUGUCCGGUCCAUAUCUUUGUCAUCGAUGGAUGGAUUUUCAAAUAACUUGGUGUGAAUGUGUACCACAGUAAGAUGACGUGUCACACGCAAGACCCAGGUCCUUAGCUCAAAGGUCAAGGUCACACUUAGACAUUAAAGGAUAGUGCAUUGAUGGGCGUGUCCGGUCCAUAUCUUUGUCAUCGAUGGAUGGAUUGUCAAAUAACUUGGCAUAAAUGUGUACCACAGUAAGACGAUGUGUCACGCGCAAGACCCAGGUCCGUAGCUCAAAGGUCAAGGUCACACUUAGAGGUUAAAGGAUAGUGCAUUGAUGGGCGUGUCCGGUCCAUAUCUUUGUCAUCGAUGGAUGGAUUUUCAAAUAACUUGGUGUGAAUGUGUACCACAGUAAGAUGACGUGUCACACGCAAGACCCAGGUCCUUAGCUCAAAGGUCAAGGUCACACUUAGACAUUAAAGGAUAGUGCAUUGAUGGGUGUGUCCGGUCCAUAUCUUUGUCAUCGAUGGAUGGAUUUUCAAAUAACUUGGCAUGAAUGUGUACCACAGUAAGCCGACAUGUCACACGCAAGACCCAGGUCCGUAGCUCAAAGGUCAAGGUCACACUUAGACGUUAAAGGUCAUUUUUCAUGAUAGUGCAUUGAUAGGCAUGUCCGGUCCAUAUCUUUGUCAUUCAUGCAUGGAUUUUAAAAUAACUAUGCAUGAAUGUGUGACACAGUAGGACGACGUGUCGCGCGCAAGACCCAGCUCUGUAGGUCAAAGGUCCUAAACUCUAACAUCUGCCAUAACUAUUCAUUCAAAGUGCCAUCGGGGGCAUGUGUCAUACUAUGAAGACAGCUCUUGUUUUAAUUUAAAAGGAAUGAAAGAUUACUUUUGAUUUUUUUCGAGCCUAGUCAUGGUGAUAGAUGCUUCACAGUUAUUUUCAAGUCUACAGUAUACUUUUUUAGCUCACCUGGGCACAAAGUGCUCAAGGUUAGCUUUUGUGAUCGCCCUGUGUCCAUCGUCGUCCGUCUGUCCGUCAUCCAUCAGUCGUCAACAGUUUGACUGUUAACACUCUAGAGGUCACAAUUUUGGCCUAACCUUAAUGAAACUUGGUCAGAAAGUUUCCCUCAAUAAAAUCUUGGAUGAGUUCCAUUUUGGGUCAUCUGGGGUCAAAAUCUAGGUCACCAGGUCAAAUCAAAGGAAAAGCUUGUUAACACUGUAGAGGCCACAUGUAUGACUGUAUCUUCAUGAAUCUUCAUCAGAAUGUUAAUCUUGAUGAUUUUAACGUCCAGUUUGAAUCUGGGUCAUGUAGGUCAAAAACUAGGUCACCAGGUCAAAUCAAAGGAAAAGCUAGUUAACACUCUAGAGGCCACAUUUAUGACCAUAUCUUAAUGAAACUUAGUCAGAAUGUUAAUCUUGAUGAUCUUUAGGUCAAAUUAAAAUCUGGUACAGGUGGGGUCAAAAACUAGGUCACUAGGUCAAAUCAAAGGAAAAGCUUGUUAACACUCUAGAGGCCACAUUUAUGACUGUAUCUUCAUGAAACUUAGUCAGAAUGUUAAUCUUGAUGAUCUUUAGGUCAAGUUCGAAUCUGGGUCAUGUGGGGUCAAAAACUAGGUCACCAGAUCAAAUCAAAGAAAAAGCUAGUUAACACUUAGAGGCCACAUUUAUCACCAUAUCUUAAUGAAACUUGGUCAGAAUGUUAAUCUUUAUGGUCUUUAGGUCAAUAGGUCAGGUGAGCGAUACAGGGCCUUCAUGGCCCUCUUGUUUUUUUGUUGGGUUUAACGUCGCACCGACAAAGAUACAGUCUACAUAUGUAUCUUUUGAAAGGGGCUCAUAUUUCACUACAUAUUUUUCAUUUUGGACUUAUUUAGGAUAGAAACAAGGGUUUUCAUCAGUCUGGCCAUAUUUUUUGUCCCAGGUCCGAUACUGGUGCCUGUGUGCUGUAAGAAUCUCUGAGCUGAAACGAAUCCCAUACUGAAACCUAACCAGGAAUCGUGCCAGAAGUCUGUCACACUGUAAUUUCCUCAAAUGAAAUGCAAUGAACUCGCCUUUUACUUUAAAAUGUUUCUAAUCUAUUUUUCUUUUGAUCUGGCAUAAAAUAAUCCAUGCAACAUAAUUUGAACACAAGUUAUACACACAACUUCAAAGUUUCAAAUUGAAACCCCUGUCUGCAAUAUUUUGUCCGCCAUUGCAGUUGUCACCUGAUAAAGGUACUCUUCAUUUGAAAACCAAUAGGCGGUAUAGAAUCGUUAUUUUAUUGACCUUUUCUGAGAACUUAAACCUUCUAAGGUAUGUUUUUUAGCUCAACAGAGCACAAAGUGCUCAAGGUGAGCUAUUGUGACUGGUCAUCAUCCGGCAUCCGUCGUGCGUCAACAUUUGCCUUGUGAACUCUCUAGAGGCCAUAUUUGUGGCCCAAUCUUUAUGAAACUUGGUCAGAAUGUUAGUCCUGAUGAUUUCUAGGUCAAGUUUGAAACUGGGUCAUGUUGGGUCGAAAACUAGGUCAGUAGGCCAAAUCAAAGGAAAAGCUUGUGAACACUCUAGAGGCCACAUUUGUGACCCAAUCUUUAUGAAACUUGGUCAGAAUGUUUGUCUUGAUGAUCUCUAGGUCAAGUUCGAAACUGGGUCAUGUUGGAUCAAAAACUAGGUCAGUAGGCCAGAUCAAAGGAAAAGCUUGUGAACACUCUGAAGGCCACAUUAAAUUUUGUGACUCAGUUUUUAUGAAACUUGGUCAGAAUGUUUGUCUUGAUUUAUAGUCAAGUUCGAAACUGGGUCGUAUGGGGUCAAAAACUAGGUCAGUAGGCUAGAUCAAAGGAAAAGCUUGUGAACACUCUUGAGGCUACAUUUGUGACCCAGUCUUUAUGGAACUUGGUCUUUGUUUGUCUUGAUGAUCUCUAGGUCAAUUUGAAACUGGGUCAUGUUGGGUCAAAAGCUAGGUCAGUAGGCCAGAUCAAAGGAAAAUCUUGUCAACACACUUAGAGACCACAUUUCAAGAUUGAAACUCAUUAGAAUUAUUCAGAAUGUUUUUCUUGAUUAUCUAUAGGUCAAGUUUGAAUCUCGGUCAUGUGGGGUCAAAAACUAGGUCACCCAGUCAGAUCAAAGGAAAAGCUUGUUAACAGUCUAGAGGCCACAGUUGUGACUCAAUCUUUGGUCAAUAAAAACUUGGUCAGAAUGUUAGUAUUGAUGAUCUUAAGGCCAUGUUUGAAUCAGGGUCAUGUUGGGUCAAAAACUAGGUCAGUAGGCCAGAUCAAAGGAAAAGCUUUGAACACUGUAGAGGCCACAAUUUUGACUCAAUCUUCAUGAAAUUUUGUCAAAAUGUUUGUCUUGAUGAUGUCUAGGUCAGAUUUAAAUCUGGGUCAUGUGGGGUCAAAAACUAGGUCAGUAGGCCAGAUCAAAGGAAAAGCUUGUGAACACUCUAAAGGCCACAGUUGUGACCCAAUAUUUAUGAAACUUGGUCAGAAUGUUUGUCUUGAUGAUUUCUAGGAUAAUUCGAAACUGAGUCAUGUGGGGCAAAAACUAGGUCAAUAGGCCAGAUCAAAGGAAAAACUUGUGAACACUCUGGAGGCCACAGUUGUGACUCAAUCUUUAUGAAAUUUGGUCAGAAUGUUUGUCUUGAUGAUCUCUAGAUCCAAUUUUGGUCUGGGUCAUUUGGAGUCAAAAACUAGGUCACAUGGUCAAAUCAAAGGAAAAGUUUGUGAACACUCUAAAGGUAACAGUUGUGACUCGAUCUAUAUAUGAAAUGGUCAGAAUGUUUGUCUUGAUGAUCUUUAGGUUGAAUUCAAAACUGGGUCAUUUGGGAUCAAAAACUAGGUCAGUAGGCCAGAUAAACUCUGGUGGGCAAUAUAGGGCCAUCAUGGCCCUCUUGUUUAUGAAUUUUAUCGAAAAUGGUUAUGUUUAUGAUUAAAAUAAAUUCAUAAAUAGGUGAAAUUUUGAUCUUGAUUUUCAAAAAUAACCAUGUGCUCUGAACUGUUUCAUGACAUCAUCAGUUUCUCACAAGAGACUGUAUGAGAUGUUACGGUUUGAUACUGGUUAGUUAACAAAAUGGGGUUUCGCCAUAACUUAAUGGAUGCGACCAUCAGAAAAUAAAAACAACGUCAGUUAAGUUAUGGUAGCCAAAACUACAUUUUAUUAAUAAAAUGGCUAGUCAAAGGUUCUACAAAAUAACAAAGUAAAAUGUCAUGUAAUUAAUAAAUAGUGGUAGUUUUGCUUGAUUUGUUGGUGAGGGUUCAAGUGUUAGAACACUGUUUGUAGAACACUGCAAAAUGUUGUGACAAUGAAUAACAUUAAUAGGUAAAAUACUGGGUUAUUAUGUCAGGAUAAAAUGAAAUUAUGUCAAAGAGUUUAGCUGGGUAUUUGAUAUUUGUUCGUUUUAAUUUCUUUUGUGAAAAAUGGAUAAAAUUCCAAAGGAGACUGAUCCUUUGCUGUUUUAUGACAGGAAGAAAAAACGUUUGUGUAAAGAAAACAGAAUUUCUUAUAUAUCCUUUUUAAUGUGUAUUUGAUUUUUUAGCUUGGCUAUACGAAGUAUGGAGAGCUAUCCUACUAGACCCGGCAUCGGCGUCCUUCUGUUUCUAGACUUUAGUUAAAGUUUUGAUGCACUUUCUCUCUAUCUUUGUUAUUACUUGAUUGAUUUACUUCAAACUUAAAAAAGUUGUUCCUCAUCAUCAACCACAUCAUAUGGCACAAGAGUCCGAACUCUGGUACCAAUAUUUCAAGAAUUAUCUCCCCUUUUUACUUAGAAUUUGAGGUUAAAGUUUUGGUGCACUUUCACUCUAUCUCAGUUAUUACUAAAUCGAUUUGAUUCAAACUUAAAGUAGUUGUUCAACAUCAUCACCCACAUCAUAUGGCACAAGGGCCAUAACUCUUGCACCAGUAUUUCAUGAAUUAUCGCCCCUUUUUACUUAGAAUUUCAGGUUAAAGUCUUGGUGCACUUUCACUCUAUCUCAGUUAUUACUAAAUGGAUUUGAUCCAAACUGAAAGUAAUUGUUCUACCUUAUCUCCCACAUCAUAUGACACAAGGUCUAUAACUCUGGUACCAAUAUUUAAUGAAUUAUCCCCCCCCCCCUUUUACCUGCUUAGAAUUUCUGGUUGAAGUUUUCAUGCACUUUCACUCUAUCUCAGUUAUUACUAAAUGAAUCAAUAGAUUUUCACCAUGUGUAUGAUAUCUAAAAGUCACCCUGUAAAUGUGGCUUUUUAAAUCUUGAAAUGUUAAACAAAAUACCAUAGAGAUUAAAAUGGUAACCAGGAAGUAGUUGUUCAACAUCAUCACCCACAUCAUAUGGCACAAGGGCCAUAACUCUUGCACCAGUAUUUCAUGAAUUAUUGCCCCUUUUUACUUAGAAUUUCAGGUUAAAGUCUUGGUGCACUUUCACUCUCAGUUAUUACUAAAUGGAUUUGAUCCAAACUGAAAGUAAUUGUUCUACCUUAUCUCCUACAUCAUAUGACACAAGGCCUAUAACUCUGGUACCAAUAUUUAAUGAAUUAUCCCCCCCUUUUACCUACUUAGAAUUUCUGGUUGAAGUUUUCAUGCACUUUCACUCUGUCUCAGUUAUUACUAAAUGAAUUAAUAGAUUUUCACCAUGUGUAUGAUAUCUAAAAGUCACCCUGUAAAUGUGGCUUUUUAAAUCUUGAAAUGUUAAACAAAAUACCAUAGAGAUUAGAAUGGUAACCAGGAAGCAUUUGAUAAUAACCGUAAUAGUUCAGACAUCUUUUUUAGCUCACCUGUCUACAUGACAGGGUGAGCUUUUGUGAUUGCCUGUUGUCCGUCCGUUCACAAUUUCCUUGUGAACACGAUAGAGACCACAUUUUGUAUUUGAUUUUAAUCAAACUUGCACACAACUUGUAUGGGUAUAAUAUCUCGGUUCCUUUCGAAAACUGAUACAUGAUAAGACAACAUUUUGCAAUCAACUUUAAAAAAACUUGCACACAACUUGAACUGGCAUAAUAUCUCGGUUCUUUUUGAAAACUGGCCUGAUCCCAUCAUGGGUUCCAGAGUUAUGGCCCCUCCCUUAAAGGGCCAUAAUUUGCUAUAUUUUGGCUUGUGGACAUGAUGGAUACAACAUUUUGCUAUCAAAUUUAAUCAAAUUUGCACACAACUUGUAUUGGCAUAAUAUCUCAGUUCUUUUCAAAAACUGGCCAGAUCCUGUCUUGGGUUCCAGAGUUAUGGCCCCUUAAAGGGCCAAAGUUUGCUAUUUUGGCUUGUGGACAAUAUAGAGACAACAUUUUGCAAUGAACUUUAAUCAAACUUGCACACAACUUGUAUUGGAAUAAUAUCUCGGUUCCUUUCAAAAACUGGCGAGAUCCCACCAUGGGUUCCAGAGUUAUGGCCCCUUAAAGGUCCAAAAUUUGCUAUAAAGGCUUUUGUAGCCAUAUAGAGACUUUAUUUAUAGUUUGAUUUGAUACAAACUUGCAAAAUAUCUUCAACAACAAUAAAUCUUUGAUUCCAUGAUGAAUGUAUCAGAACUAAUCAUAUGUUCCGGAGUUAUUUUAUAUCUGAUUACCUCCUCUGAUUUUAAACAAAAUGGAUUUAUAUCAGUAAGUACCUAUAGGAUUCAUUUGAUGUUCUACCCAGGUGCCCACUCGUGAUGAAAUAAUGCACAGAGGGGCACCUGGGGUCUUUCUCCACCGUCAAAGCAGGAAAGUCGCCAUAUGACCUAUAAUUGUGUUGGUGCAAUGUUAAACCCAACAAAAUAAAUAAAUACAUAAAAAGCAUUUCAAAAAGAGAAAAAAUCAUUUGUAAGUGUGCUAACUGAAAAUUCUGCCCACUCAAUAUUUUAGCAAUAUCUUACAUACAAGUAGUUUUGAAACAUUUAGAAAAAAAAUAUGCUAUAAAUAACAUCCUGCAAUUUCACUUAAAAUUGAGCUAUGCAACAGGAUCAUUCUAUUCAUUGUAUGACUGCUUCCCAUUUUUAAAAUUUCUCGAAGUACGCCUGAUUGUUUGGCUUUUAAUAGACUUGAAAUAUUAUAAUCAUUUGGUAUUUUUGUGACUUCACAAAAUUGGGUUGCAGUUGAAAAAUGAAUGUAAAGAUUUCAUAGCAUUGAAAUUUUAUAGGGGAUUUAUCCACGGCGCAAAGCGCCGGGGAUGAAAAUCCCCAAGACGGUAACGUCCGUACAUAGUUAUUCGUCUGUGUUCUCUGCAUAUACUGAGGCAAUUUUUUCGUUGUUUUCCGGUUCCGGUUUAUAUACACACUGCAGACUGGUUGUCUGCAUGAACAUCCGAGCACCCCGAAUCAGUCUCAGAAAUUCGUAAACCGGGUCAACAUGAUUCUUUUACUUCUUUUUCGAAAUGAAAACUGUACAUGCAAAUGAAAAACACUUUUAAAACAGUAAAGAAGUGUAAAGGCUGUCAAGUUUCUGCGUGGAGUGCAAACAAACAAACAAAAAAUUCCUAAUGCCAGUGCGAGAACGCUGAAUGACGUCACUGUCACGGCUUCCCGUAAAUUUUGCAAAGUAUGAUAUUCGCUGUAAGAGGUAUGAUGACACUAAAUGUAAACUUCAGUGCUAAUUUCUUUUGGGUGUUGAAUAUUUCUUUGUAAGUAGUUAUAUAAAAGAUAAAUCACCAUGCUAGGCGGUGCCUUAAUUCAUAUUAUGUUGUUUACUACAUGUUGUUUUUUUUCUAAAUAUCUGAGAUAUUUCACAAAUAUUAUGAACUGCCUUUUGGUUCUGAAAUGUUUAACAGAUUUAUGUAAGGUAAAUAAAUGGCUAGCAUUUGUACAUGUACCAAAGCUUCUAUGGAUGAAAACAUGAACAUUGUAGUACUGGUAUUUUAUUUUUCUUGAGAUACCAUUCUAUAAGGAUUUAGUAAGUUUUGGAAAAUUGAAAAAGGAACAGUAGCUUAGAUUUUAUUUUAAGAGAAUUAAAAUAGAUUGUAGAAUAUCUAUUUACUGUACUACUUUUGGGUAUGGUAGAGUGUGUGAUAAGAAUGGGGGUGUUUUGGGGUGUCUGUCCCUGAACAAGUUAUCAAAGUACUUGAAAACAAUGGUACUAGUAGUUUUUAUCUUUACCCAUAAUGCAUUUGGGUAGCACAAAAAAUAAUGGUAAUACAUUCAUGAAAAAAAAAAAAUGGAAGCCAUAGAACAAGAAUAGUUACUUAUCAGGGGAAAUAAAAAAAAAUCAACAUUUAUAUGACUAAAUGAUAUUGAAGUACAUUAUUUUUUAUGGUUAUUUAUUUGACUUGUGUAUUAGGAUGAUAAUAAAGGAAAAAAUGUG